AUGCUCUUGACCUGGCUGCUCUGUCUGCUGCUGCCAUCGCUCGUCGUGCGCGCUGCAGAGCCAGAGGUUUCGAUCAACUACUUCCACAACCUCCCUGCGAAACUCUACUCCUUCGAUGACGCAACCGUUGUCGCGUACCACGAUGUUAUUGAGGGCAACCUGUAUAUAUCCAAUAACGAGGGGAAAUCUUGGGAGAGGGCUUCCGAUAUCCCCGAAGGAGCUGCAGCUAUGUUUAUCGAGCACCCGUUUAACAAUCGAAUGGCAUUCGUCCUCACGAAGAAGAACGAGCAUUAUCGGACGGAAGACCGCGGUAAAACAUGGCAUUCAUUCACUAUGCCCCUGCCUCCCGCCUUCGUUCCAAGACCCCUCUCGUUCCACUCCGACCAAAGCAAAUAUGGUUACAUCCUUUAUCAGGGUGUGCAGUGCAAGGGUUCAGGAUGGGGAUCAAUGUGUCAUGAUGAGACGUAUUACACAAAAGAGGCUUUCAGCGACGAACCCAAGCUGCUACUCUCGCAGACGUCUCGUUGCCAAUUCGCACACAGCAGUAAAGACUUCAGGCAUGACGCACACCCGGACCUCAUUUACUGCGUCGGAUUUGACGCGUCCUCCAUGUCUGGUCAUCACUCGCUAUCGUCCAGCCAACUCUUCUCUAGUACAGACUUUUUCCAGUCCGUGAAUACCGUCGAGGACCUCGGUAUCGGCAAGAACGCGCGGGGCGUGCUCGCGCUCGCGAUCGUGUCUAAGUUUGCCGUGGUAGCGCUGAAGGACCUGUCGUCUGCGGGAGGCGAGAUGCUCUUAUAUGUCUCGGUAGACGCCCGGACGUGGGCCAAGGCGCGGUUCCCACACGCGUCAAGCGCGCGCCUGCGCGAGAACGCGUACACAAUCGUCGAGUCGACGACGCAUUCGCUCGCGGUGGACGUCAUGCUCCAGGACCAGGGCGCGGUAGGCACGCUGUUCGUGAGCAAUUCGAACGGGACUUUCUUCGUCGAGAGCUUGAAGGACACGAACCGAAACGAGAUGGGCUUCGUCGACUACGAGAACCUGUACGGCGUCGACGGAGUCGGCCUUGCUAACGUCGUUGCGAAUGCGCAGGACGUCGAGGGCCGCGGCGCGCAGAAGCAGCUCCGCACGGUCAUCACGUUCGAUGAUGGGAGUUCGUGGCAGCCCGUGCGAGCGCCGAGCGUGGAUUCGGAGAACCAUCGCAUCGGGUGCAAUCCCGCCGAUACGGACGAGUGCGCGCUGCACCUACACUCGGUCACGCUCCCGCACAACUUUGGGCGGGUGUUCUCGUCGCCUGCGCCUGGAUUCGUGAUGGGCGUCGGCUCCAUUGGCGCGUAUCUCAAGCCGUACGAGGAGUGCGACACGUUCUUGAGCACCGACGCCGGUUUGAGCUGGAAGAUGGUGCGCAUGGAUGCGCACAAAUACGAGUUUGGUGACCAGGGCAGUAUUAUGGUCGUCGUCAACGACGAAGACUCGACAGAUACGGUGCGGUACUCGACGGACCUCGGCAAAACCUGGAAUGCGCUCAAUAUUGGCAUCAAGAUGCGCGCACGCGCGCUGUCCACUGUCCAAGACUCAACGUCACAGAAAUUCCUCAUGAUCGGCCAACUCGGACGACAGGAGGCGACAGACCGUGGUCGGUUUGUCACCGUCUUCCUCGACUUUGCGCCCGUGCGCUCGCAGCAGUGUCAGGAGAGCGACUUCGAGAAAUGGUACGCUCGCACUGCUAAGGGCAAGGAAUGCCUGAUGGGCCACAAGCAAUGGUAUAAGCGCCGAAAGCCUGACGCGAAUUGCUAUGUCGGGAAUAAAUUUGAGGACCCUGUCGAGCAUGAAGAUAACUGCCCCUGUGACGAUGACGAUUUCGAGUGCGACUACAAUUUUGUCCGUCAGGAUGGCAAGUGCAUCCCAGUUGGCCCGGAACCUAUCCCAGCCGGAGUCUGUAUGGACCAGAACCAGAUGUAUAAAGGAUCGUCCGGGUACCGCCGUAUUCCUGGAAACACUUGUGAUCGGGAGAGGGGCCUGAAGAAAGAUGAACCCAUUGAGAAGAAAUGUUCGCAAGCGCAACCUGCGGAAGGAGAGGUUAUUCAUCAGACUUUUACGUUCCCGGCGCAGGUUGUGCAACAGGCAUAUUUCCAGGAUUCCACGACUAUCCUUGUACGCCUGUCCGACAACUCCAUCUGGCAAUCCAGCAACGAGGGCUAUACCUGGAAUCAAAUCAACCCGAAAGAAAAGUUCCUCGCCUUCUACCACCACACCUUCACCAAGGACCGCGCCUACCUGAUCACGGAGGGCAACACGUUCUACUAUACGACCGACAACGGGCGCACGUGGAACACGCUUACGGCACCAACUCCGCCGAACUCGUUCGGGCUGCAAGUGCUGCACUUCCACCCACAGAAGUCGGACUACCUGAUCUGGACGGGCAACCGCGAUUGUCACGCGUUCGCGGAGAGCUGUCACGUGGAGGCGGCCUACUCGCGUGACAACGGGCGUAAGUGGUACCCAAUCGAGAGCUAUGUGCGCAACUGCGCAUGGGCCCGCGACUCAGAGCUGCUCGUCGACCCCUCGCAAAUCAUAUGCGAGUCGUACCGCGACAAGAAGGGAUCGCAACGCUUCUUCCAGGUGACGAACCCACUUGAGCUUGUGGGCGGAACGGACUUCUUCCAGAAAAAGACGAAGCUGUUCGAUAAUGUUGUUGGGUUCGCGAAGUUCUCGGAGUACCUGGUCGUAGCGGAGUAUCUUCCUGAACGCAGAUCGCUGGAUCUCCAGGUAUCAUUGGAUGGGAGGACUUUUGCUACCGGCCAGUUCCCGAACAAUAUGCGUCCUGAACAGCAUGCCUACACCAUUCUGGAGUCCAGUACCGACUCGGUAUUCCUCCACUUGACAAUGUCAGAGCCUCCGAGCCCGUAUUGGGGUAACAUUCUCAAGUCCAACUCCAAUGGGACCUAUUUCGGGCUGUCGAUCGAGAACGUGAAUCGCGACGACCGAGGGUAUGUUGACUUUGAAAAGAUGAUCGGGUUAGAUGGAAUUGCCAUCAUUAAUGUCGUGUCGAAUCCGGCUGAGGCGUCGGUGACGCGCUCGAAACAGUUGCAGACUCGCAUCACACACAAUGAUGGUGGCACUUGGAAACCUCUCAUCCCUCCAAAAGUUGAUUCCAUGGGUCGGAGGUAUGAGUGCAGCACUGCGAGCUGUGCACUUCAUGUACACGGAUAUACGGAGCGAUUUGACCCAAGAGCGACAUACAGCAGCCCAUCCGUGGUCGGUCUAAUGAUGGCCGUCGGGAACGUGGGCGAAAAGUUGGCGCCCUAUAAAGAGAGCGAUACCUUCCUUAGUCGGGAUGCAGGCUUCACAUGGGAAGAGGUCCACAAGGACGCUCACCUUUGGGAGUUUGGUGACUCUGGCUCCAUCUUGGUCAUGGCGAACGACGAGGAACCAACGGACCACGUGUUGUUCAGCACCGACGAAGGAAUAACGUGGCGCGAGUACAAGUUUGACAACGAAAAGAUGCGUGUGCGCUCGAUCGUCACGGUGCCGUCAGACACCAGCCGCCGGUUCCUCCUCCUGGGCAAUUACCCAAGGUCGCCGAGUUCGAUCGCCGUCCACCUUGAUUUCUCUGCUUUAACCCAUACGCGAUGUGUUCUCGAUACACAAAACCCUGGCCAUGAUGAUUUCGAGCUCUGGAGUCCCAGCGAGGAACGAGCCGAGCUUUGUCUAUUUGGUCGACAGACUCUGUACCAUCGUCGCGUUCGCGAGAAAAAUUGUGUAGUCGGCGGCCAAGAAAAGGCUGCAAUCAAGAUUGUCAAAAACUGCGCAUGCACCCAGUCCGAUUUCGAAUGUGAAUUCAAUCAUGUUCGCAAUGCCGAUGGCAAGUGCGUGUUGUCGGAGGGCGAAAGUCCACUUGCCGACGACGACUCUUGUCGGAACGGGGCAGACUAUUGGUACGAACGCACAGCGUACCGCAAGAUUCCUUACUCUUCUUGUGAGGAUGGGAUCACGCCGCAUCUCGGGAAGGCCCAUCUGUGUCCGGGCAUUCGCGCGCACGGGCCGUUCUUCUGGUUAUUCGUGCUCGUCCUACCUUUUGCCUUCACUUCGCUAGUGGGUUACUGGUAUUACCGCAAGAGCGGCAUGGCCAGAGGAAUGAUCCGUCUGCCUGGAGAUACAAGACCAUCCUUCCGGACAGAUUCAAGCACGCUGGACACCUUGGCGUCCAUCCCUUGGUUUGUCAUCGGGGUCGCCGGUGUGGCAUGGGAGGCGGUGUCGUCGACGGUCGGGUCGUUCGUCCUAAACUUCCGUUCGCGAAGAGGUUACAGGACCGUUCCUGUCGAUGGGGACGCGCAGAUCCUCCGCUUCGAGGACGAAGAAUGAGCAUGGGUUGGCAGCUGUUUUGGUAUUGUAGACGUGUCUGUCUCUGUUGAAUUGUCCGUUGUUUCAAUUGUAUUGUCCGCAUUCACUUAUGAGGAUCACGGGACGGUCGUAAUAUCUAUUGCAUGUCCGCUGAGCUUGUACAUAUGAGAUGAUGUUUUCUCUAGUGAAGAGUGUUUGACAUCUUUACUCACGUAUUAUAUUUGAGGUCCUUCCAGGACAAGCAUGCUAAUUG